AUGGAGGAGCCCCUGGUGUGGGAGACCGACGGCCUGCUUCCUCUGGAGAGGCAGCUCCAUGAGGCCGCCUGACGGAACAACAUCGGGAGGAUGAAGGAACUGAUCGAGGGGAGAGUCGACGUCAGGGCCAGAAACCACGUGGGCAGGGUGGCCCUGCACUGGGCUGCGGGCGCCGGGCACGAGCCAGCCGUACGGCUGCUCCUGGAGCACGAGGUUGCUGUGGACGAUGCGGAUGCGGUACGGGGCCGCUCAUACAGGCGCCCUUGUUUUGGGAUGAACGCGCUUCUCCUGUCUGCCUGGUUUGGCCACUUACGGAUCCUCCAGGUCCUGGUCAACUCUGGGGCCAAGAUCCACUGUGAGAACAAGGACGGCCUGACCUUACUACAUUGUGCAGCCCAAAAAGGCCACGUGCCGGUGCUGGCGUUCAUAAUGGAGGACCUGGAGGAUGUGCCCCUGGACCAUGCUGACAAGCUGGGAAGGACGGCGUUCCAUUGGGCUGCUGAGCACGGGCAGCUGGAUGCUCUGGACUUCCUUGUGGGCUCUGGCUGUGACCACAGUGUGAAAGACAAGGAGGGGAACACGGCCCUUCACCUGGCUGCCAGCCGGGGCCACCUGGCUGUGCUGCAGCGGCUCGUGGACAUCAGGCUGGACCUGGAGGAGCAGAACGCGAAAGGUCUGACUGCCCUGCACGUGGCGGCUGAAGGCAUCCACCCCGACUGUAUACACCUGCUCCUUGAGGCCGGGAGCUGUGUGAAUGCCCUCACCCAGAAAAAACAGAGCUGCCUCCACUACGCAGUCCUCUGUGGCUCUGAGGACGUGGCCCGGGCCCUCAUCCACGCAGGAGGCCACACCAACGUGGCUGAUCAUCAGGGCACCUCUCCUCUGCACCUGGCUGUGAAGCACCACUUCCCUGCCUUGGUCCAGCUCCUCAUCGACGCCGGCAGUGACCUGGAUGCCACCGACAAUAGGCAGCAGACGCCCCUCCACCUUGCUGCUGAGCACGCCAGGCAGGACAUAGCGGAGAUGCUCCUCGUCACGGGGGUUAACUUAAACCUGAGAGACAAGCAAGGGAAAACUGCCCUGGCGGUGGCCACUCGCAGCAACCACAUCAGCCUGGUGGACAUGAUCAUAAAGGCUGAUCGCCUCUACACGUGGGAGAAGGAUCACCUCUUGCGCAGGGACCCCAGGGAUCCCUGUGGGAAGAACUUGACCUUUAAGCAGGACCAUCAGCAGGGAGGGCGGCAAUUCUCCCGUGUGCUGUGGCGACUGGCCUCCAGGGACCUGCGGCCUCAUGAGUGGAAGAAGCUCGCAUAUUGUUGGGAAUUCACCGAGGCCCACGUCCAUGCCAUCGAGCAGCAGUGGACAGGCACCAAGAGCUACCAGGAGCACGGCCACCGGAUGCUGCUCAUCUGGCUGCAUGGUGUGGCCACAGCCGGCGAGAACCCCAGCAAAGCACUGUUUGAGGGCCUCGUGGCGAUUGACAGGAGGGACCUAGCUGGUAUGGUCCUUUAUAGCUCGGAGCCUCACAGCAGUCCCCUGAGAUGCAAGGGGCAUCUCUUCAAAGAGGACACUGAGGCCGAGGAUGGAUGA